AGGAAAAACGACUGGCGUAUUUGGAAGGCUUUCAGGCCCCGUUGGCAAGACAGAAUGGUUGCUGUGGCGACCGCUUGGUGCGCCCACGUCACUCUCGCGCGCCGGAAGUAGACUGAUUGAGACCGCAGAACAGGGAAAUGGCGGCUGCGAAGAAGAGCGUUCUUUCUUCCUUGGCAGUUUAUGCUGAAGAUUCCGAGCCCGAAUCCGAUAGUGAAGCCGGUGGGGCGGGGAGUGAGCGCGGAGCGGGCACGGAAGAAAAAGGAGGCUUGGUGUCGGAAGACUAUGGAGAGGAUGAUUUCAGUAAGAUUGAGGGAGAGGAGGAUGGUUACGAUGAAGAUGACGAUGAAAACAGCAGACAAUCGGAAGAUGACGAUUCAGAGACUGAAAAACCUGAGGCUGAUGACCUAAAGGACUUUUCAGAACUGGAGAAGAGAGAUCCUCAGGAACUAGUUGCUUCUUUCUCGGAACGCGUCAGAAACAUGUCACCUGAUGAGAUCAAAAUCCCUCCAGAACCCCCAGGCAGAUGUUCCAAUCAUUUACAGGAAAAGAUACAAAAGUUGUAUGAGAGGAAGAUAAAAGAGGGCAUGGACAUGAACCUUGUCAUCCAGAGGAAGAAAGAGUUUCGCAACCCCAGCAUCUAUGAGAAGCUCAUCCAGUUCUGUGCAAUUGAUGAACUUGGCACAAAUUACCCGAAGGACAUGUUUGAUCCUCAUGGGUGGUCUGAGGACUCCUAUUAUGAGGCGCUAGCAAAAGCACAGAAAAUUGAAAUGGACAAACUGGAGAAGGCCAAGAAGGAGCGAACUAAGAUUGAGUUUGUGACAGGGACUAAGAAGGGGACAACAAAUGCUCCAUCUACUACAACGACAACAACCAGCACUGCAGGUGGAGAUGCACAGAAGAGGAAAAGCAAGUGGGAUUCUGCUAUUCCUGUGACGACAAUAGCCCAGCCCACCAUUCUCACAACCACUGCAACACUGCCAGCUGUUGUCACAGUUACUACCAGUGCAAGUGGCUCCAAAACAACAGUGAUCUCUGCAGUUGGCACUAUAGUGAAAAAGGCAAAACAGUGACAAAUUCCUUGGAGAGACUGAUGGGUUCUUUCAGCCUGAAUCAUACUGGAAGCACUGCUCUGGAAGCAAAGGAAAGAUGUUCACUUCUGGUAUAUAAAUGGACUAUGUAAAAAUAGAUAUGCCAUUGUUGGGCAAAAAGAGGGUAGAAAUUGCUUCUGCGUGUGUACAGAUUCAUAACUGAGCUCUACUUGGAAAGACGUUCUUCUAAUUCUUUGAUAGAGCUGUCCCUCACUGUAUUGUGUACAGUGUACUGUCAGUGUGUAAAUGUUGGCUUAUUAAAUGCUGUAUUAUAACUGUCACUGUGUCAGGAUCCUUAAGAUCUGUGAAAUGAAAGCUUUAAAGAGAGAGGUAGAAAUGAACUAUACUCAAGUAAAAUGGUUGCAUCCUGGGCCUUUCAGUAUUGAGGAACAUUUGCUUGCUCUGCUGCCGCCUCUCCUUGACUUCAGGAAACUAUAGGCAAGGAUUAUUUAUUCACAAAAUCGUUAAGAGAUGUAAAGGUAGGUUAUGCAGGUCCUCAUGUAGAUUUAGGUGGAUUGUAUAAACCAUGUAGCUCCAAUUUCAGGCCCAAAUUGGCACAUUCCUGGUGUGGGUGUAUAUCUUCCCUGUCCAUGCGCACAGAUCUUACAAUCAAAAAUUUGACCUGCAGAGCCCAACUGUGUGUUUAGUGUGAUGUAUAGUUUGAUCCUCAGAGCAGGGUUGUGGAAGUUUGGCUUUGGAGAGAUGAAACAGUGAAAAUCAGCACAGCAGAUUGUGCCUAGAUUUGGGGAAUUCUUGUGCAGAAUCUGGAUUCUGAUAGAAGGCUGCUUGUGAAAGAGAAGGGAGGAGCAAGUAGAGUUUCUAUGCUCAGUACCAGGUUUGGAGGAAAGAAAGAACUAUGUGCUCAACCUUUGUCAGUGAGAGAGAGAGAGAGAUGUUGUAAUGCUGCCAUUUUGUAGUAAUGCCAUUUUCACUAAAUCGAAUGACAAAAAUGUCAGUUUACAUUUGUAUAAGCUUUCUUACCUCUGUAACUCUGAACACCUUUGAAUAUAAAACCAGAGACUUUUAAAA